CGCUCCUGCAGCACUAUACAGCAUGGGCGAACCGUCGUGGCAGGAGACUCUUCGGCUCAGGCUUGUCGAGCGCAACGCAAAAGAGUCCGCCUAUUCCCCCAUCAUCGAGCAAUAUCGCAGAUUGGCACAGCAGACGAAGUUGCUGAAAGAACGCAAUGCUUCGCUACUCAGGGCGAUGGGAACCGCUCGAGCGAACCCCAGCAGCUCAACUGUGUUCGUCCCAGGAUCUGGAGAAGACAACCCCGUCAGGGCCGCAUAUAUCACGUCCCUCGAGUCGCAGAUAUCAUCAUUGCGCGACGAACUGGCGACCGUGUAUAAGACGCAAGGCCAGAACGCACAACGGUUGCUCUCCAUGACAGAGACUCUCCGGGAGAAGGAGGAAUUCUCUCGAAUAGAGUCAGAGAACCUGCGGAAGAGUAGAGAGGAGAUCUCUGUGCUGCGCCGGAAGGUAGACCAGCAUAACGAACUCAUGUCAGAGAAAGAUCGCACCGCUCAGAUCUUACACGAUGAAAUCAACACCCUUCAGCUGGAGCUGAGUCAGAUAGAAGAGCGCAACCAGAUCCUGACCAAGGACAACGCGAAGCUGCUUCAACGGUGGCUUGAUGCCAAGCAAGCGGAAGUGAACAGGAUGAACGAGGCUAACCAGUUGUACGAGGAGCUACAAUCACGCAAGCAAGCCAUGCUAAACUCCAAGAAAGGGUCGACCACCUCUGAUGAGGCGAGUGAAGCGCUUUCCUUGGACGACCAGUCGUCGGGAAACGGGGAGUCGAGGAGAAGCUCGGGGUCCACGACGACGAGGAAUGGGACUCUGUCUCCCACGGAGAAGGAGCCGAGCAAGACACCGAAUGGCUGAUAGUAGAUGAGUAACGUGCAUACGCUACGCUUCAGAAGACAUAAUGCUGCCUCCUUACUAUAAGAUACCCAGGAUUCCGCUCGUUCAGUGCUGCUUUCCGCUUUGUCUUACUAUCUCACUGGAUUCUACUCGCUGCGCCACUCCUUGUUGCUCUCCCUAUGUCGCGAAUUAUUACCCUACGUACACAUACCCCAGAAUUCUUAACCAUG